AGAUUAAUAAUUUAACUUUUAGCACGUCUACAGGCUACUGUAUUAGGGUUGCUCACCAAUUUUGUCGCGUUGACGUUAAUCUUCAAAAGAAUAUAUAUUUUCAUCUUGUAUAAUACCAUGGAUGAAAAGCAAGUUAAAGUUAGUUUGUGGUGCGUGCCACGAUCGUUGUCCACAGUACUAACCAAAUGCCUGAGUGUCAUCGACGGGAUGGAAGUCUAUUUCGAACUGUUUUCUUACGCCGAUACGGCAUCAAAUGUGUUCGAGUCGGUAGUAGGUCGUAGGCUCCCGUUCCAAUUAGAUGGAAACGAGAAGGAUUAUGACAAGAUGAGUGAGCUUUUCAAUGCAAUGUCAAUCGGCCGGAAAAUCAUUCAAAGGAGAGCAUCGUUCUUCGACAUCAAGCAAGAUUUAGAGAAUGCGUCAAGCAAGUAUGUUGUAAAUAAAGAUAUUGCUCACACCUAUGCUCUAGAAUAUCUUCCCCGAGGUUUCAGAUAUGUGUUUCUAACUCGGGAACCUUCGAGAGUUUUCGCAUCAUACCGGAAGAGCCGUAUUCUGGCUGCGGCACCAUCGAUGCCAGAAAGCCGCCAACCGGAGCACGCCACAGAUGAGCGCGUGUUCGACAUCAUUCGUGAUGAUGUCGCAUCGAUACGCCCAAAGAGUUGGUACGAGAAGCAGCACGAACUUUGGAAAUACGUCAGAGAGCACAUCGAACCGAAUCCAAUCAUCAUUGACGCUUUCGACCUCGCCUCCGAACCUCGGAAUAUUUUGAGGGCCUUCUGUAAUGAUGUUGGAUUGCCAUACAGCGAUGACCUUCUACAAUGGACCCCCAGUCAAGAAUUCCCAACGAACUUUGUGACACCAUUAGAGAAUAUGUCUCAAGCAAUGGGCCAGCACCUUUAUGCCACAGCUUUAAACAGUACAAGUUUUGUGGCGCCCCGUGAAUCUGGGCCAAUACCACGUGAUCAGCUCACAGAUGACGUCAUCCAAUGCGUUGACCAUUCAAUGCCAUUCUAUCGUGAAAUGUAUCAAAGUAGAUUGCGGCCUUCUUAAACAUAUAAGAUGAAAAUCUGUCUGUGUCUAUUAUAAAAACAAUAGGCCUAUACUUUUGUUUUGAAGAUUCAUGCAUUGAUUAAAUAAAACAUGAACGAUGUUUUUAAAUGAUUAUUCAGAAGUGAAAUUCAUGCACAAAAUUAUUUCAUUUUUCAUUGGAAAAAUUGGAUCUGCAUCAGAUUUCCAACUGUCUUGUACUAACAUUCAAAAUUAAUCUCUGUCAAAUUUCGGACAAGUUUAUUGAUUGUGACUACAGAGGAAAAAAUUGGUUUAAUUUUAUUAAACGAAAUAUAAGGGGUUUCAGGAGGGAUAAAUCCCUAAAAGAAAAGGAAGAGGAUCAACUUUUUUUUCCUUGUCUCUUUUUUUCUUGAUUCAUUUUUAACACACUUUGUAUAUUUCAUGUGAUUCAUUUGAGCCAAAUUCAGUUUCUAAUUCUUCCCUUUUUCCCCUCCACUUCCAUAAUCCCUUUCUGUCAUUUAUUCGAGAUACAGUAUUGUUUUUCCAUGAAGUAGGUGAUAUUUCUCGUUUUGUAUUGUCCUCUGUUGUCUCUUUUAGUAACAAACUUUUCUUUCCCAGUGCAUAUUAUGUAAAUAUAUUUUAGGACAAAAUUGAAAUUAAACUAUAGGAUUACUCACUGAGUUUUCAGAAGCAUGAGUAGGGCUCUGUUGACCGGUAGGGUACACUCUUUGUCAAUAUAUUAGUGUGCAAACCCAUUUAAAAUAUCAUAUUUUUGAAUAUUUUUCUACAAACUUCAGAAUGCACACCUUAGAAAAAAUACCGUCUGGAACUUAAUUCCCAUUGUUACACCCCAUACUUAAAUAGUUUCUUUAUUCUUGACAAAUUCAAAGUGGUUCCAGUUCUAAAAGCAUUUUUUAACUAAACGAAUAUGUGUAUACCAAUUAUUCUUUGAGUUUUUGUAACACAUCAUUUCUGCUACGGAAGACCUGAAAGAGUCAAAUGUGAAUGUUCUACCUUGUAAUUUUCCAAUUUUAUUAACGCUGUUAUCACCAAUUCUCAGUAAAACUGAAUGUGAUGUGUAAAGAUUUGCUUAUACUUAGAAGAUAAGACUAUAAUAUAGCAUUACUCAAUAAAAAUACGUCAUUAAAAAGAUUAUAUCAAAAAUUUGACUAAUUCUUGUAAUGUUUGGAAAAUUGACAAUGUGAUGCUUUUAAUUAUUGUAGGCAGAACGUGGCAGAUCAGAGUGGACAAAAUAAUGCUAGUGUGAAUUUUAUGAAUGAAUUACAUGAAUUCAUUUGGCUCAGUUUAUAAUUAGACUACAGAGCACGCAUCAUCUUCA